AUGGGAGGGACGGAAUGGAGUGUAGUUGGGCGUUAUCGCAUCGAUAUUCCACAGCACUCAGAGAUGCUACUGUGGCAUUCCGAGAUACAACAGACCGCGCAAGCUCGUAAGUGGGACAGGUGUGGGGUAGUUGGGUGGCGGGUAAAGGAAACGAUCACCGCAUCACGGUGGACCAGUCAACUCGUCGGAUUGCAGCUGAUGGAUUCCAACCAACAACUGAGUGGCAAGCAACCUUCGAGGGGUGGAGUAAUGCGCGCAGGGCGGGGAAUGCAAGUUAACUUGCGGAAGCUUGCAGUUGUGCGAGCGAGUGUCGCAAACCCCUCCCAUCUCCAUUUGUAG